CCCCAAAUUUCUAUCGCGUACUCAUGCGUAAAAAGCGCGAAAUUCGUCACCAGCGCACCUGACCAAAGCGGGAGUCUAGUGGGAUGACGCACUCAUUUUUGUCUCGGUGGAGCCUACCACCAACAUGGGACAGUCCAACCUUCUUCCAUCGGGAGCACCCACGCACCCAUAUGAAAUACAAAAACACUAGCCGGGAAUCGCCCCUUCCCGUUUGGCCACCGAGCUCCGUCAUUCUCGGCAGUGUCGCUGCUUCAUGGCCGGUCGGCGGCACCCACCAACACGGUUUUGCCUCAAACUGGGACCCCGACGAGGUUAGAGCACCAGAGGGCGUGCCUCGGAUCUUCCCGGACAUUAAGCCAGGGCCUGCUGGGAUGACGCCUGUUCAACUGCCCUCCUCCGUGGGGGAAAGUGAGGGGAUCCCACCAAAUGGGGACAAAGACACCAGUUUGGAACAGUGCCGUACCGUCCACCCCACGUUGUACAACGCGGAACCAGCCAAGGCGAAUCGUGGUCGUGGAACUUGCCGCUUCAGAAUAUCUUGCCUUGAUUACACCGCUCAUCAGCGGUGGUGCAACGAGCCCAUUCUGCCAUGCUCGGCAACCCGGUUAAGCACCCCCUUGUCGACGGCUCUCGGCAAUCUGAACCUUCGGCUCGCCGGCGAACCUGGCUACCCGGUUUCCUGCCCGGUUUCCUGCCCCGCAUGAGCAGGACUGUGGUGAUAGAUGAUCACCACCCAAAUGGUGGGAUAACCCUCGCUGUGGCAUUCAUAGCUUGCCAGAUAUACCACUUCUCAAUUACAUACCAUUCAUUAGCUAGGGCGAUAAAAAAAGCAAC